UUCCGAACUGUUCCAAGCUCCAUUAGAGACAUCCACGCCAGAUGCAGAAACCUUCAAAGAGAGACCCGCUCGAGAAGUUGGGAGAGCUGAGGGCGUUGAUCACAGCGCAUGCGCGGCAUCAUGUGACCGUCGCCCAGUCUUCCAAGAUGGCAGCGCCCAGUUCUGCUCUUCGGACUCUUCAGCAUGUGCAGAACAAAGGUCUGAAAAGAAUAUUCUCAGGAAUUCAGCCAACCGGGAUUCCUCACCUGGGUAAUUAUUUUGGUGUCAUCACAAGCUGGGUAAAGCUACAGGAAGAAUGUAGUUCUGUAUUAUACAGCAUUGUGGACCUCCAUUCCCUCACCAUACCAAGAGAGCCAGCCGUUUUACGUGAAAGCAUCCUAGACAUCACUGCUGUUCUCCUGGCCUGUGGCAUAAACCCACAAAGAUGCUUCCUUUUCCAGCAGUCCCAGGUGCCUGAACAUACUCAACUUAGCUGGAUCUUAGGGUGUUUGAUAGGCAUCCCACGUCUGGAACAUUUUCCCCAGUGGAAGCUUAAGAAGGCCAGUCAGACCAGCGGAGGAACAGUUGGGCUCUUUACCUAUCCUGUCCUUCAAGCGGCAGAUAUUCUUCUCUACAAGUCAACACAUGUUCCUGUUGGAGAAGAUCAAAUCCUCCACUUGGAGCUGACUCAAGAUACAGCCCGCCACUUCAACAAGAAAUAUGGGGAGUUCUUUCCAGUACCCAAAGCCCUUUUAACCCCAGCCAAAAAAGUGAAGUCUCUCAGAGAUCCCACAUCGAAGAUGUCAAAAUCAGACUCCCAUAAAUUAGCCACAGUGGGUAUCACUGAUAGUCCUGAGGAGAUAAAACUGAAAUUUCGCAAGGCUGUCACAGACUUUACCUCUGAAGUGACCUAUGAUCCUGAACACCGCCUAGGAGUCUCCAAUCUUGUGGCUAUUCACUCUGCUGCAGCAGGACUUAGCACAGAGGAAGUGGUACAGCAGAGUAUUGGCCUCGAUACGGCCCAUUAUAAGGCUGUGGUGGCUGAAGCGGUCAUCGAAAAACUUGCACCAGUUAGAAAUGAGUUCAAGAGACUAAAAGAAGAGAAAUCUUACCUGGAGGAGGUUCUGUCGUCCGGAGCAGAAAAAGCCAGAGAACUUGCAACUCCUGUGUAUUGGGAAAUUAAAAGAUUGGUGGGGUUGAACUGAAUCCAAGAAAAAGUAGCUAGCAUCUUUCAUUACUUCAGUAUGCGCCUUAUUGUAUUUUACAGUCCUCUGUUUUGAAGGUCCAAAAGAAGAUUGAUUGUCAGAUCUUUCCUU